AUGGAUUCGUCCAUCUGUAAAGGCGCCCCUGGACCGUCACCAUACACAGCCGUCGCUUCUCGCAGACAGUUCGUAUUCAUGAAUCAUGGCCAGGCGCGAUAUAAUCCUCUGAGUAGAAUGACGGUGAUGCUUCCAGAAUACGUGGACAGCAACCAGGGUGACGAAGAGGGUAGUGAGAGCCCACAGCUGGCGGUAACGCUGAAGCUGUUGAAGGAUACGGCGGGCGACAACGAGGUGACUCUGUGGCUGCCUGAGAUACUCUUUGGGACGGUGGAACUAUUUCUCGAUGCCGAAUUUAGUACAGUCCCACAUUCCACAUUCCAUGUUCAUUUUUCGCGUUUCCUCUUUAUCGGGGUUGUUCACCUGAGAACCCUACUGCUUCUCUUCCUCCUUCUCAAAUCUCUUGAGGAACUCCCGUCGUAUCUUGUAUUUUACACACCAUCCCAUGCAGAAGAUAUGCAGACUGUCGCUUCUGCUGGGCUCGAUGUAUGUGGCGUUGAUGGCCAAUUGUUGGCAUGGUCGACUAUCUCGAGACUGGGCGUUUAUUAUCCUUUGCACUGGGCAAUGAUUCUCCGUCUCUCCUCCCAUGUCGAGUCUACUGUCGACGAUCGGCUGUUCAAUUACCUGUCAAACACAGCGCUCGCAUACACAUUGUCGGUCUUCGAGUCAUGUCGGCUCCGGUAA